GGAAAUAAACAAAGCAACAAGAGAGAGUGUGCAGACUGCAUUUUUAAAGACUUGUUUGUCUCCUGUUUGUGUCUAAUCUGCUCCUGUGCAUCAUGAAGAGUAGCAGAGAGAGAGAGAGAUGCAGAUCCAUGUUUUGCUGUGCUCACGUGUCCUCGCUGCAGCGCCUGUCAAGCUGUCGCUGAAGGAAAGAGAGCUUAUUAUGGGAGCAGCUCCUGCUGUCCUCCAGAUCAGCAGCAGCCAGCCUCUCUGUCUCCUUCAGUCAGGGUCUGUCUUCUCAGCCUCCACAAGAUCCAGAGGAAAGUGAUGUUUUCUGUCUUCUCAAUGAGAUCCUUUGGUUCAAAAUGAAACGAGGAAGAUCAAGUCUCAAAACCUUCCCUUCCCAUGAAGGGCCAGCCAAGAGACAGAAGAGGCUGGCCACCCGUUUCCCCUUGCCUCCAUCACCGGACUGGGGUAACCUCCCCCACCACGUGGUUCUGCAGAUCUUCCAGCACCUGUCCCUGGUGGACCGGGCUCGGGCCUCGUCCGUGUGCUGGCGCUGGAACGACGUGUUUCACACGCCCGACCUGUGGAGAAGGUUCGAGUUCGAGCUCAAUCAGCCGGCCACGUCCUACCUGCGCUCCACUCAUCCCGACCUCAUUCAGCAGAUCAUCAAGAAGCACGCACAACACCUGCAGUACGUUAGCUUCAAGGUGGACAGCUGUACUGAGUCAGCAGAGGCAGCCUGUGAUAUUCUGUCCCAGCUGGUGAACUGCACCAUCAAAACGCUGGGGCUGAUUUCUACGGCUCGACCCAGCUUCAUGGAUGUUUCUCAGGCUCACUUCGUGUCUGCACUGACAGUCGUGUUCGUGAACUCCAAGUCACUGUCUUCCAUUAAGAUAGACGACACGCCGGUGGAUGAUCCUUCCCUGAAAGUGUUGGUGGCCAACAACAGUGAUACCUUGAAGUUGCUGAAGAUGAGCAGCUGUCCCCACGUUUCCCCAGCAGGUAUCCUGUGUGUUGCGGACCAGUGCCACGGCCUCAGAGAGCUGGCGUUAAACUAUCACCUCCUCAGCGACGAGCUCCUGCUCGCUCUGUCCUCUGAAAAACACGUCCACCUGGAACAUCUCCGUAUAGACGUGGUCAGCGAAAACCCGGGCCAGGCCCACUUCCACACCAUCAAGAGGAGCAGCUGGGACGCUCUGGUCCGACACUCGCCCAAGGUCAACAUAGUCAUGUACUUUUUCCUCUACGAGGAGGAGUUCGAGCCAUUCUUCUGCGAGGAGACCCCCGUCACCCACCUGUACUUUGGCCGGGCGGUGAGCAAAGAGAUGCUGGGCCGCAUCGGACUGAACUGCCCCCGUCUGGUGGAGCUGGUGGUGUGCGCCAAUGGCCUGAAGCCCCUGGACGAGGAGCUGAUCCGCAUUGGAGAGCGCUGCAAGAGCCUGACGGCCAUCGGGCUGGGCGAGUGCGAGGUGACCUGCAGCGGGUUUGUGGAGUUUGUGAAGAUGUGUGGGGGCAGGCUGACGCAGCUGUCCAUCAUGGAGGAGGUGCUGACCCCCGACAACAGCUUCAACAUGGAGCAGAUCCACAGCGAGGUGUCGAAGCACCUGGGCCGCAUCUGGUUCCCUGACAUGAUGCCCAUCUGGUAGACGCACUGACAAAGCAGAGGGCUGGUGGUGAGGAUGUGAACUUUCUGGACCUAAAAUCAGCAUUAAAUUUGGCCAAAACCCCCUUUUUUAAAGGAGACGUAUAAAACUUAGUGUUUUGUACCAAAUGUUAGCGGGUUUGAGGUCAAUACCAGCUCAAAAACCAAGGUUUGGCCCUCUCAGUUUGAAAAUAUCUUUAAUAAAAGGAGCCAAAAUGUCACAGGUACACCUUCUACUGUUUGACUAAUGUUGGACCUUGAGUUAAUUUUUUUACCUAAAAUGACUCAGUAUGUGUUUAUUAUUUUUUUCUAUGAGUUUAUAUUAAAAUAUGAACAGUUUCAUGCAGGAGCUUAUAAAUGCAGAACUAAAUAUACUGUAAGUAUUUAAAACAUGUAAGGCUGCCUUCUGGUGGCUGCUUGGUGUAAAAUGCAUCAUAUUUCUUAAUGUUGUAUUCUUAUGAGUUUUUUCUUCUAUCUGUGUGUAACACACCUAGACUCAAGCUAAGAGCCUCAACUGUAGCAAAACCAGUGGAGUAGGUGUGUUGACAAAAGUCACACCCUUUAUGUAAAACUCAGUGGGGGAUUUGCAUUUUUUGUCGGUUUGUUUGUUUUUUCCUCUGUGGGCACCUUGAUGUUUUAUCCUGAAUGACGGUGUUUUGUUUUCAACACAUCAGUUCAUGUCAAAAGAUUUGUUCUCAGGCGUUAAAUGUACCUGUAGCUUUAUAAAUGUUUUUUUUAAUGACGUGUAAAUAUGUUGCAGUUGUGAUUUAUUUAUGGACAAAGAACAUCAGGGAGUGACUUGGGAAGUCUUGUACCAGGACAUAGGUUUAGACAAUCCACAGUACAUGAAUUCUAUGAUUUGUUGGGUGGGUGUAACCAGAGCCCUAUAGAGAGAUGACCUGACGCCCCUCUAGAUAAAUGUGUUAACUG